AUGUCAUCCAAAACUACCGAGAAACCUCUUCGAUAUGUUGCCCAAUCCCUUGGGAUCGACAGCUAUGAAAAAAAGCUGGAGAAGCUCACCGACUUUCUCUGCUUCGGGGGUCUUGUGUGUGUGGAAGCGCGGCAGUCGUGGCAGUGCAGCUUUUUGUGCUUGUUCAACUGGGCUGCCGCAACUGUUCAGAUGGAACUUCACCGAAAGCUCCUAGGGCCCCACCAUCACCGCUCGGGCACGGACCUGCUUUCCUCCCACCUUUCAACCCCGCCUCGUCCCUACUCCAUCCCACCAACUCCCGCCUUUCUCCCCAACUCAUCUUCCUAUCCCAGGUUUCUUCUCAAGUCUCAAACGAAACGCGUCAUAUCGCCUUAA